CGAAGACAAUCCAGCUGGUUGCAGUGUCCCUCUCUUCUCUUGUCUGCUCUUCUCUCCUUACCUCGCAAUGGCAUCUCCUCGAUGCUUCUCCUCGAUAUACCGGCCGGCCUCGUUCACGAGAACGUCGCGUCAAUUGCAGUUCUUGCGUCAGCCGGUGCGCACUCAAAGAUGGACGGCGACGACGAGGUCAGGACUCGCUAUACCGGUCAACACGAGCAGAAGGAGCGAUGCAGCCAAUAGCUGGCAGAGGAAGGAGCUUCGGCACAGCACGAGUCAAUCCACGUCCACUCCUCCAACCUUGCCCACUCCAGACAUUGCUCUGCAGCCCUACAGACUGCCAACUGCAGGUCUCCUCUCCUACUUACCACGCACUUGGGUCCCGUACGCAGAGCUCAUACGCCUCGACAAGCCCGCAGGCACUUACUAUCUCUUCUUACCAUGUCUCUUCAGCACACUACUGGCCGCACCUCUCACCAAUCCCAUCAUCCCUCCCACUACAGUGCUUUACACCAGCGGUCUCUUCUUCAUAGGCGCACUGAUCAUGAGGGGAGCAGGCUGCACCAUCAAUGACCUCUGGGACCGUGACCUGGAUCCUCACGUCUCCCGGACUCGUCUGCGACCCAUAGCUCGAGGUGCAAUUAGUGUACGCCAGGCGGUACCGUACCUCGGCUUUCAGCUCUUUGCUGGACUGGCACUCCUGGUACAGUUCCCAACUAUCUGUCUCUUCUACGGCGUCCCCUCCCUGCUACUGGUCGCCACAUACCCACUGGCCAAACGAGUGACAAACUAUCCACAAGCUGUGCUUGGCUUGACUUUCAGCUGGGGUGCCAUGAUGGGCUUUCCGGCUCUUGGUAUUGAUUUGCUGAGCGAUGUAUCAGCCUUGACAUCUGCGGCAUGUUUAUACGGCUCAUGCGUGGCCUGGACAAUCGUCUACGACAUGAUAUACGCCUACCAGGACAUUCGUGAUGAUGCCAAGGCUGGAAUUAAAAGUAUCGCUCUGGCCCAGGAGAAGAAUGCGAAGCUCUUUCUUUCCGCUGUGUCAGCUGUGCAAGUUGGACUGCUUGCCGGCGCUGGCGUGGCAGUGGGUGCGGGACCCGUCUACUUCCUUGGUACCGUAGCAGGAAGUGCAGCCACUUCAGCCUACAUGAUACGUAAUGUCAAACUCAAUGACAUCAAAGAUGCUGCCUACUGGUUCUUCUCAGGCGCGUGGAAGUGGACGGGAGGUGUCAUCACUCUCGGAUUGACAGCAGAGUAUGCUUGUCACUACUUCGACGUAUACGACAGGACGGAGUUGGAAAAGCAUGAGCCAUGCCCAGUGCCUUUCGCGCCACCUGGAGUGUGAAUAGAUACUGAAUUUAUGUCUUGAGUCUCCAAGAGCUCGAGCCACUGAAGGAGUCAUAUCGAUGGCAGAUUCCAUGCUUUCCACAAUGCUACACAGCGCUACGCACGUUUGCAUGGAAGCAACCUGAGGUUUCCAUCAAAACAUGUCGGGGUGGCAAUCUCUCUACCCCAGUGUCCUCGAGCUAGGAGCCUUUACUGUUUGAUCACGACUCGCGGGCGUAGAAAAUACUUUAUACAGUCCGCCGCGAGAAAGCUGCUAUUCAAGGAGUCGCAAUCAGAAGACACAGAGCUGCGCCAUCAGAACAGUCGAUCAUGAUUCAUCUUGAACAACUUCGAUCGAUCGUUAGGAUGGCGAUGCGUGAGUCAUUCGAAGAACACCAUCAGCGACAUCUCUCGUCUACAUUUCCCUUUGCAGCGUCUGCAGUAAGCAAUCAGGAGGCCCAUAGCAACCCGAAGCCGUUCAGCAUCGAACAAGGCUCUCUAAUUCUCCGCACAGGGUCUGAUUGAGAGCUGUUGUUGCCUCCGAGUGAUCGUGCAGGCACACCCGUACUACAAUCACAGCGGGGCUAGGCGACUCAGGAGGAUCACAUAUCUCAGAUGUGCAACAGGAAUGAACCUAUUAACCCCAGGCGUAUGACAUGUAUUCAAGCCACAAUACGUAUUUACCCACGAACUAAUAUGUGAAAUACAACCCAUCAGACUGACAACCUGAGUGAGACAUCUGCAGCUUCCCGACUGCUAGCACAGCUGGCGAAGACAUGCAAAUACGGUAUCUGCAUGUAGUUUAGAACAACCUGUCCGCCAUGCCCGUCUGACAAAAUUUCACGCACCUAAUGCGUUACAACCAUAAUACAAACCGA